AUGCAGAUCAAGGUGCGAACAUUGACCGGGAAGGAGAUCGAGCUCGACAUCGAGUCCGACUACAAGGUCUCGCAGAUCAAGGAGAAGGUCGAGGAGAAGGAGGGCAUCCCGCCAGUGCAGCAGCGCCUGAUCCACGGCGGCAAGCAAAUGACUGACGAUAAAUCGGCGGCGGACUACCAGCUCAAUGCGGGCGACACACUGCAUCUCGUCUUGGCCCUCCGAGGAGGGUGCUAG